AUGCCUUUCUUGACAUACCCGGCUGCUCUAGAACUCCAGAAGGAGCUCAGCGGAACAAAUGCAGAGGUUAUCACCCUUGCCGAUGAUGACUAUGUGGAAAGCCUUGAUCGAUGGAGCGCAACCAGCGAGAAAGAGGCUGGCGCCAUAGUAAGAGUCACUUCUGUUGAGGACGUCUCCACGGUCGUGGAGUUUGCAGCCAAGCGAUAUGUUCCCUUUGCAGUAUUGUCGGGUGGGUAUAGUACGAAUGGUGCGUCAUCGACUUACGGAGGAAUUGUGAUCGACCUGGGAAGAAUGAAUAAAGUAGACGUCCAGCCUUCUUCCAGCACAAUCUCAGUCGAAGGUGGCGCUAAAUGGGCCGAUGUUAACACGGCCGCCGCGCAGCAUGGCCUCGCUGUCGUUGGUCCGACAGUAAGCCAGCUUGGAGUCGGCGGUACAACCCUAGGCGGGGGCAUUGGUUGGCUUACUGGGAAGUACGGACUGGUCGUCGACAAUCUAAUAGAAGCACAGAUUGUGCUGGCGGACGGCAGCAUAACCACUGCAUCCGAAACUGAGAACCCGGACUUAUUCUGGGCCAUUCGUGGAGCUGGGCAAGAUUUCGGCGUGAUAACCCGGUUCACAUUCAAAGCCCAUCCACAAAAGAAUGAUGUGUAUGCCGGCAUGGUAUACCUCGAGCCUGAUAAGCUGCCGCAGUUGGUGGAUUAUGUGAACGAUCUGGACUCGAAACUUGAAGAAGACCAGGGAUUAUUUUUCGGCUUUACCAACUCUAACGGUCGAACCAACAUAGUGUUGAUUCUGUUCUAUAAUGGGCCCCAAGAUCAAGCGGAAAAGAUAUUCAGCCCGUUGUUAUCAUUGGAUUCGGGUCGCAAAGAAAUAGGAAUGAUGCCUUACUACAAGGCAAAUGAACUGCUCAACAGGACAGCAGACAGCGCGGGACGAAAACGACUGAGUGGCACAAGUGUCACGUUCCCCCUCGACAUGGGUUUUUUUCAAACCGUAUACCAACACUUCUCCCAUGUUUUGGAUGAUUACCCGGGAGAUGGCGAAGCUCUCUUAUUUUUUGAGAUGCUUCCCUACAAUAAGGUGGUUGAGGUCCCGAACGACGCUACAGCAUAUGCCAAUAGAGGCCCAUACUAUAACGUGUGCUCUAUAUUCAAUUGGCACGACGCAAAAAUUGACUCCAAAGUCCGCACUUUGCAGCAGGGGCUCAUGAAUCUUAUACGCGAAGAGCAUAUCAAGAAAAGUGGCCAUGGGGUAAAUAUGUACGCCAACUAUACUGGGUUUGAAGCAAACGCAAAAGAUCUGUUUGGGGACAACUUAUCUCGUCUGAAAGAACUCAAGAAGCAAUAUGAUCCUAGAAAUGUGUUCCGAAAAUGGCAUGACUUGCUGCUACAAACUGGAUCAUCUGUUUGACGUUUGACGGUACCAUCCCUAUUUUACGAUAAAUACGACAUUCUUAUUUGGCAUCGUUUCUGGACAUGGAGUUAUUUGGUAACAAAUAUCGUCACCAUCCAUUACUGACUCUGCACUAUUUAAGUCUUGGAUUGAAUCACCUCACACUAAGUGAUGAUCAUCUUGGCUAUAUACAACUUCUGAGUAUCCGGUGAGGAAUCAUAAGCGGACUUCCUAUUGUCUACACUUUUGGUGUACUGUAUCAAUAUCUUUGUUCUCUAUAAAUUCAAGCAAUCAGUAAUCCCAUUUACCACCAUU